AUGAUUCUUUCAGCACUCAUAACAACACUUACAUUCACUGGAGUCCUCCAGCCUCCAGGAACUUUCAAGAGUGAUGGUUGUACACGGAACAACACAACAAUACAGUCAUCACUAAGACUAGUUUUAGAAGACAUUUUUGGAAGGAGCAGCAAUGCAGGGCAAGCAGUCAUGGCGGAUAGACCGGUUCACUUCACUCUCUACGUUGCUUUCAACGCGAUAGGGUUCUUAGUUUCGGUUGCAAUGAUCUCGCUGCUAACUAAAGGUUUCCCCCUGAGAAAUUGGAUGAGGCUUUGUAUUAUCUCACUUUUGUCUACUUAUUUGAUUGCUAUCGUCUACAUUGCACCAAAUGAGGAUGUGUUUUGUGUGGUGGUUCUAGCUGUGUCUUUGCUUGUGGUUCUUCGUGAGCUUUUUCUCUUCAUCAAAUCUUUGUGCAAAUGGAUUCGAGAUACAAAGAGUAAUUAGUCUUCUUCUUAGCUGAU